AUGAGCUCUCCCCAGCGCGAAGAAUGGAAAGGAGCGUGCAGCAAAGAAAUGGACAAUCUGCGGAAACACAACGUCUACAAUCUGGUGCCCCUCAGCAGCGUUCCCAAGGGAGAGAAGAUCCUCGGAACGAAAUUCGUCUUCAACAAGAAGCUGGACGGACGCUUCGAAGCACUCCUGGUGGUCGGAGGACCUCGUCAAGAGCCAGGACAGGACUACGGACGCAGCUACACACCAGUAUGCCGUGUCGGGAGCAUUCGCAUGACGUGCGCCAUUGGCUGCCACAACAACUGGCCCAUCUACCAACUGGACGUUGUCGGUGCCUUCCUGAACGCCCUCUGCGACAGAGAUGUGUACGUCAGACCCGCCCCCGGUACAUCCGCCAAGAACUCCGCGACAGGAGAACUCAUAGUGUACAAACUAGAACGGAGCCUCUACGGCCUAUCGCAGUCGCCGGCGCUCUGGAACGACACCCUGGACGAGUCUCUCACGGUCGGCAACAUCAUCGUGAUUCUCACGGUCUACGUAGACGACAUUCUCAUCACGGGAGGAGACCACCAGCUCGUGGACCAGACGAAGAAGGAGCUCACGGAUCGAUUCGAGAUGACCGACAUGGGAGAGGUAAAGCGGAUCCUCGGGAUCGACGUAGAGCGGGACUACCAGCGAGGGACCCUGGCCAUUUCACAGGAGCACCAUGUGAACACAUUUCUGGAACGGUUCGGAAUGCAAGAGGCCAACCCAGUAAGCAUUCCUGGUUUCGGAGCGGAAAUAUUUCCACGAAUCAACCUCAGGGCCAAUCCUAGGACCCACGGACAAGAAAAUCUACCAGUCGAUGACGAGAAGCACCCUCUACCUGGCCCAGUCAACCCAGCGCAAGUGAACAUGACAGCAGCCGAGCACGUUGACUCCGUUCUGCGAUGCCUUCGGGGUAAUCCAGUUCUUCCUAUCGUCUACAGGAGAGGACAGUUUCGGCUAGCGGCGUUUACGGAUUCAUCCUUCGGAGCAAACCCCGACAACAGAAGAUCUUCCACGGGAUAUCUCUUCUUCCUGGCUGCAGGACUCAUCAGCUACGGUGCGAAGACUCAAACUCUAACCGCGCAAAGCACGGUGGAACCCGAGAUUCAAGCACUUAGCUCCUCAGCCAGAGAGGCGGUCUACACUUCAAAGUUUAUGACGGAACUCAACUUCAAGACCUUCGGAUCGGUUCCCAUCAACAGCGACAGCACCGGAGCGCUGACAGUGGCCGGGAAUACCAUGCACUCUCAACGCACGAAGCAUGUGGCUCUGAGCGAGCACCAGUUGGCUGAUAUCGCGACCAAGCACCUACCAAAGCACCGAUUCGCCUCCAUCAAUCAGCAGAUCAAGGACUUCUCGUGUUGA